AUGCCUCCCUCACCCGUCCCUCCUUCGACAAAGGUGUAUACCCCCUUGAAUACCCAAUCAACCCACACAUCAACCCAAGCCACUCCCCACCCCCAACCCAAAAGCCACAUCAACCCACCCCACCAAAAGCCACAUCAACCCAAGCCCAUCAACCAAGCCACUAAACCCAAAGCCCUAACCAACCCCCAACCAAUACCCACCCACAUAAACCCCAAGCCAUUUCCCAAGCCCAUCAACCAGCCCAUCACCCAAGCCCCCAUAAGCCAAGCCACAUCAACCCAGCCCACAUCACCCAAGCCCAUCAACCCAAGCCACCCCCAAGCCACAUAA